ACAACAAGUUUCUGCAGGUACCAUCAACCUUCUCAUCACAAUGUCUGCCGUAGAACAACAAUCAACUCAACAACAAGAAUCCACCAAGAAGACUGGUAAGGAUAAGUACAAGUUUGAAGUCAAUCAAGCUAAGCUUGCCCAACUCAAGAAGAUGUCCAAGGAUGUCGUCAUUGCUGGUGGUAUGCGUAGAAAGCACAAGGUUGUCAAAGCCAGUUCUCAAAAUGAAAGUAAAAUAAGAAACAUUGUUAACAAGUGGAGAAUGACCACCAUUCCAGAAGUUAUGGAAGUCUCAAUGGUCAUGGAAGACAACACCAUCACCACAUUGACUCAACCAAAGGUUGAAGCUGCUGUCCACUCCAACUCAUUCGUCAUUGCUGGUAAAUACCAAAGAAUGACCUAUGAAGAAUACUUCCCAACUAUGCUCAAGCAAUUGUCUAACAAUUUGGAUCCUAACCAAUUACAACAACUCUUGGCCGGUUUGAGCCAAAAGGAAGAAAAGACAGCUGCUACUCAAGAAGAAUUGCCAGUUGUUGAAUCUUUCGAAACUGUCCAAUAAAUUAUUUAAAAAAUUUAAAUUUUCAA